UUCAACCGGCGAUAACAGGCUUGUAGCCCUGGUUGCUUUUUGUUUUUACGCUGGCAUUAAUUAAAAUUGGUAAAUAAUCGUGACGUAAAUGACAUAAAGCCUACUUCGGGUGGCUUCAGAUAGAUGCCAGGGCUGUUACAAUCACAUUCAAACUGAAUUGUUUUACAAAAAAAGCCCAAAACACAACAAAAAACACAAUUCCUACCAAACACACAAACACAAACAAACAGACACGUACACAUUUCGCACACACACACACACACACACACAUACAAGGUGCACACGUCAGUGCCACGAAUUCUUAAAAAGUUAAAGAUUUCCGAUCGAAAUCGGACACGAAACCGAUACCGAAGGAGAUAUAAACCUGCCAGCUAUAUGGUAAACAAAUGUUCGGUCUCGUUGCAGUCAAUGUCGAUAGCUAGCGAUCGAACCUGGAUUCGGAAUAGGACUUGGAAUCGUCGGAUAUAUCUUCCCAACGCGACUAGAUAGCUAUAGUGCUAUAUAUUUUUUUGUUUUCCCUUCCUUCCUUCCGUUCCAUUCCGAUCUUUUUUUUUUUGUUUUUCUUGUUUUCCGUUUUUUCGUUUUUGUUUUGGUUUACAUUUCGGUUAAUAGAUAGUGUGAUUUAAAAAAAAAAAAACAAAAUAAAUAAAUAAUCGACGAUGGCGGAUGCAGAUGCGGCUGCCACGGAAACGGCUGUACUGGAUAGCUCCUAUGACUUUUCCAUAGUGCAGCCCGACGACCACGAAUACGACGGCGAGACAGAUAUACGCUUCUCGGGCAGCUCCAAUGAUCUGUCCUUGUUACAGAAUGUAUCCGCCAGCACAACGACGAGAGGCAACGAGGGCAAAGGUCGCCUGGACAGCCUCAAAGAGAAUCUGCACAAGCAACAGGAACGCCUUACCGCCUUGAAAGAGCGCGCCCUGCGAAAAUCUCAGGAUGGCAGGCACAAGUCCAGUAUGAGUGACUCCAUGGAGUCGCUAAGGAAUCUGGGCCAGAAGCUGACCGUUCUGAAAACACGAGCAGGUUCCCUGGCUCUCGACUCCUCCACGCCCCUGGUGACUCCUACCAAGGAGGACCCCAGAUCGGCGGAGGUUUCCCUUAUCCAGACAAGCGGCAGCGAGAAGCUACAGAUGCUCACCCAGCGUACAGAGCAGAAUCGAGCCCUGCUCGAGCAGCGGAAACGAGAUCUGGCCAAAUCCCUGCUCUCGGUCAAGACCAGCUCCAUGUCCACUGCCACGGAACUAGGCUCUUCCAUGACGGAUCUGCGGCAGGCAUCGGCGAGUGCGGCCAAUCCGGCGCCAGUGUCGCGGCAUCGUUCCGCCCUGGACUUGGAGGCUCAGGGUCAGGAGGCGACGGACGAGGGUCGGCUCAAGUUGCUCAAGAACCGCAUGAAGAUCACGGAGCUCAAACAGAGCCGGCAGGAGCAGGAGAUGCAGGAAAUGCGCACGGAACUUGCCCGGCGCGGCAAUCUCAUCGAGCAAUUGGAGCUUUCCGGAGCGGAACUGCAGAGAUUGCUGACCCAGCAGAACGAGAAACUGGAGCAACUGCGCCUGGCCAAGGGCCAAGAGGAGGAGAAGGAGAAAAAGGAGAAGGAAAGAACAGAAAAGGAUGAGGUGGAGAAGAAGGAGGAAGAGGAUAGUCUGCAGGAGCAGGAGAUCACCCGUCUCCAGGGUGAGGUAACCACCCUCCGGGAACGUCUCGCCGAGCUGGAGAACGUCAAUGAUAUCCUGGAGACGACGCGCUGUGAACUGCAGGACGAGCUGACUACCAUACGGGAGAGAGAACGGGAGCGGCUGGAGGAACAGGAGCAGAAACUAACCCUCAGUGAGUCCACGGCAGCCACCACCGACGCCCAGGUUAGCCAGGAGCUGGCCAAGCAGCUCCACGACCUGACCAACCAGCUGGCGGAGCUGCAGGAGGCGAACGAGAAGCUCCGCCAGAGCAAGUCUGAGCUCCCGGUGAGCGAUGCCAGUGUCUCGGAGCGCCUGGCCGAGCUGGAGGCGAAGCUGGAGGAGCAGACAGCCGCCAUGGCGGCUCAGAGCGAGGAACUGGCUGAGAAGACCACGGAACUGAAUGUCCUGAAUGUGAAUCUGCGCGUCCUGGAGGAGAAGCUGGCGCAGAGCAGCCGCAACAAGCCACUGUUCCUGGACGACGCCCUAGAGGAUUCGGGGGCCAGCAAGGAGCUGCAGGAGGAACUGCAGCAGCUGAAGCAGAAGCUGGACGAGUCCAACAAGGCCAACAUCAAGCUGAAGCUCAAGUGCAAGCAGGCCGAGAAGCAGCUGCAGAAGCUACAGACCCAGGACGGUCAGCAGCAGCUGGCCACGCUCCAGGCGGAGAACGAGGAGCUGCAGCAACGGAUCACGGUCCUGGAGGACGAGAAGGGCCAGUGGCAACUAUCCAAAAUGCAGGAGGACGAGGAUACGGACCAGGCAUCGCCACCGGAGGCCAAUCCCCUGCAGCUGGAGGCCAUUCGACUGCUGGAGGAGCAGAAACUGGAGCUGCAACAGGCCCUGGAGGCACUGCAGCAGGGUCAUGAAUCGGCGCGCGUGGAGUCUGAGCUGAGCGAAGCCCAGCUGGAGGAGCAGCUGACCCAGCGGGUGCAGCAACUCGAGCAGGAGGCCCAGGAGCAGCGCCAGCAACUGGACACCCUGCAAUCGGAGAAGGAGACGCUCGACAAGAAGCUAUCCCACUACAUCAGCGAGAACAUGGAGCUGCUGGACAAGCUGGAGAAGCUCAGCUCAUCGAGCUCUGCGGAAUCCAUUGAGAUUGUGGAGCGUCAGCAGCUGGAGGAUCCGCCCGUGCCCCGGCACGUUAGCGAACUGACCCAAACGGAUCAGGCGGAGGACGGCGAGUCGGGCGAGUCGGUGGCCCAGCUGAGGGAGCGCCUGGAACUGUUCACCCAGGAGCGCGGCGAAGUGCUGGACAAGCUGGAGCAGCUAACGGCGGAGAACAACCAGCUGCAGGCCCGGCUGGAGGAGCUGAACCGGGAACGGGAGAAGGAACUGCAUUCGUCCACGUCCACAGCCUCCACGACGUCCAAUCUCUCCCAGGAGCUCACGUCCAUGCAGCGCUCCACGGAGGUGGUGGCCGCCCUGGACGCCGGCGACGGCGGACCUGUGCUCUUCGAGAAGUGCGAGAAGUCCCUCAACAAGCUGAACUCGGAGCUGGAGGCCUACCGGAAGGCCAACGACCGGCAGGCCAAGUUCAACGUCGCCAAGAAGCUGGCCCGCGAGGCGAAGCACUGCCACGCCCAGCUGAGCGAGCUGCUGGCGAAGGUGAAGGAGGCCAGCUCGGCGGUGGAAACGGUCACCGUGGUGGAGACGGUGGUGGCGGUGACGGCUCCCAACGGCAAGGCUCUGGCCGAGUACGAGCAACUGACAGCCCAGAAUGCGGAGCUCAAGGCGGAGAUAUCGCGGCUGCGUCUCGAGAUCGAGGAGCUGAGGGAAUCGUACCCGGAGGUCGAGCCUCAGCUGGCCAUCGGAGCGGCCCAGAAGGACGAGGAGGAGCUGCUGCAACUGCAGUCUCUGCUCGAGGAUUCGAGGAACUUGCAGACGGAACUCCGGCAGCAGAUCGACGAGCAGCUGGAGAUCAUCCGGGAGCUGCGGCAAACGGAGGCGGAUCACCUCCAGCUGGUGGCCAAGCAGAGCGCCGAGAUCACCCAGCUGCAGCUGCGGGUGGAGCAGUUCGAUCAGCUGCUGGACUCCAAGGAGAUGAGCCACGAGAAGCAGCUGGAGCAGCAGACGCGGAUCCGGCGGGAGCUGGAGGCGCGCAGCGAGUCGCUGGAGGGCGAGCUCAGUAUCCUGCAGGCUCUGGUGGCCGAGCAGAAGCAGCAGCUCAUCGAGAACCUCAGCGAGAGCGAGCACGCCCUCAAUCUCAAGAUGCUGGAGCUGCAGUCGGCCCGGGAGGAGAUCCAGGAGCUGCGCGGCAAGACCGGCGACGAGGAUCCCGAACAGCUGCGCGAGGCGCUGAGGAUAAGCAAGAACCUGGCGGCCCAGCAGAUCAGCGAACUGGCCUCCCGCCAGGACACCAUCGACGCCCUCAACCAGCAGGUGCAGGAGCUGUACCAGGGCGUGGAGCAGACCCGCCAGGAGGAGCAGCAGAAGUCGCGGGACCUCAAGGAGAAGCUCAAGAAGUACGCCCUCAACCUGAAGAAGCGCGGCCAGGAGAACGCCGACCUGGAGCAGCAGCUGCAGGAUCUGCGCAAGCAGCUGGAGGAGAAGCAGCAAGAGGCUGAGGUGCAGAAGCCCCAGGAGGACAAUCAGGAGCAGGUGGAGCAACUGCAGCAGCAGGUGGCCAAGCUGAACGAAGAGCUCAAGGCCAAGAUCCACCUGAACCUCGAGAAUCGCGAUGCCCUGCGCCAGCUGAAGCAGCAGCUGCAGGAGCAGGAGCUGGUCAACAAGGAGCUGCGCCGCGAACGCCAGGAGGCCGACGAGGAGAUCUUCCAAAUGGGCCAGGAGAGCAGCCAGCGCAAGGAAGAGACCGCCAAGCUGAAGCAGGAGCUCUCGCGGCUGCACAAGGAGCUGGAGCAACGGAAGAAGGACCUCGAGCAGCUGGCGGAGCAACAGCCCGCUCUGGAGGACUUGCGACGCCAACUGGAGUCCAAGUCCACCAAGUUCGACAAGUCCAAGGAGCUGAUCAAGCACCGCAACGCCACCAUUCAGGCUCUCCAGAAGGAGCUGCAGCAGCUCCGCCAGAAUCCUCCUGGCCAGGACGAGCAGGCCGGCCAGUUGGAGCAGCUCCGCCAGGAGAAGGAUAGUGAGAUUGCCGCUCUUCGUCAGCAGAUCCUGCAGUUGGAGGACAGCCAGAGGAUCAGUGAGGCUGGCAUCGGGGAUGGUGCCUUCACGAAGACCACUGUCCAGCCCCUAGAUGCUGCUCCAAACCCUGAGGUGUCUCUGCUGGAAGCUGCCAAGGAGGAGCAGGAGCACCUGCGCACCCAGCUCCAGGCCGCCCAGGAGCAGUACGCCCUGCUGGCCUCCCAAUACGCCCGCGAGAAGGCCGACUUUGAGGUGAACAAUGCUCGGCAGGAGACCCUCCACGAGGGCAUCCAGGCGAAGCUGCAGGAGGACGCCUCCUACAUCGAGUCGUUGGAGUCGCAGGUCGCGGAGCUGCAGGCGAGGAGCGCCGCUCUAGAGGAUCAGGCGGCCCGACAGGCCAAUCAGCAGGCCGCGGAGGAGGAUCGUCGCCAGAUCCUGGAGCAGGAGCUGCAGCAGCAGCGGGAGCAGGACGAGCAGCUGCAGGAACAGGAUCUGCAGCUGCAGGAGCGCCUGCGGGAGCUCAGCGACAAGGAGCAGGCAUAUGUCCUGCAGCUCCAAAUGUCCGGAACGGAGACGGAGGACUUGAGGGAGCAGCUGCGUCGCCUGCGCGCCGAGUACGACUCCCUGGCGGCGAAGCACGACCAGGUGACGGCCGCGGCCCAGGCGGAGAGGGAGCAGCUGAGCAGCCACAGCCAGGAGGAGCUGGCCGAUCUCCACCAGCAGCUGCAGGCCAAGGAGGCGGAUCUGCAGCGUCAGCGGCAGGUGUACGACGCCAAGCUGGCCGCCAAGGUGACCGAACUGGACGAACUGGAGUGCGAUCUGAACAAUCACGUGGAACGGGCCACGCAGGAGUCGCGGGACCUGCUCCAGCAGCUGGAGCGCGCCCAGGAGCAGCUCGGCCAGCGCGGCGAGGAGCUGCAGCGGCUGAGCGACGAGUUCCAGGAGGUGGAACGCGAGAGGUCCACCCUCAGCCGGGAGGUGACGCUGCUGAGGCUCCAGCAGGACGGUGCCGAGCAGGAUGUCCUGGAGCUGCAGGAGCUGCGCAUGCAGGCCAUCCAGGACAAGACGGAAAUGGACAACCUGCGCACCCAGAUCGACGCCCUGUGCGCGAACCACAGCCAGGAGCUGCAGGCCCUCCAGCAGCAGAUCGCCGAGAUGGACACCCUGGGCCAGAACCAGACGGACGACCAGGUGUACUUCGAGACGGAGAACAAGCGCCUGGCGGAGCAACUGAGCGAGCUGCAAGCCCAGCUGGCCCGACAACAGCAGGCCCCCAUUACUGGUUCCAUCCCUGCUCCGAUCCCCGCUCCCAUUUCAGUUCCUACGCUUGGAAAUCCUCCGCCAGCCUCGCUCUUCUUUGGCGGAGACCCCUCGCCCUUCGACGAGAUCGUGCCCCAGCCCCUGAGAAUCGGCAGCCAGGCGGCGCCCCUGCCUCCGGCCGACCUCCAUCCGCCGCCCACCAUCGAAGAUCUUCAGAGGAACGUCUCGGAUUUGGAGAAGCACGCCCAGGACCUGGAGAACAAGCUUCUGGCCCGCAACCAGAGUCUGGCCGAGCUGGAGGAGCACCGCAAGCAGACGGAGCAGCGUCUGGCCGAGCUGGAGCGUGCCCUCCAGGAGCGGGAGCAGCAGCUGGCGGAGAUCAGGAGGGAGAAGGAGGAGCAAGAGCGCCUGGCGCAACUGGAGAAGCUGAUACAGCCAGCUGCAGCGGCGGCACCCACCCUGGACAUGUUCUUUGGCGGGGAGCACGUGCCCGACAUCGUCAGCCACCAACUGGACUUCGGCUUGCCCCAAACGGAGGCCGUGGUGGAGCCCCUCAUCGUCCCGAGAAAGGCCUACGUCUGCCAGCCGGAACAGGAGGCGACGCAGGUGAUAGACUUCGGGGUGGACGACGAUCCGUGGGCGAAUGCCGCCACCGAGGAGCCCCAGACGGAUGUGGAGCCGCUGCGGAACAGGAUCGCCCAACUGGAGCAGCAACUGGCCACCGCGGAGCAGCAGAAGACCGAGCUGCAGACCAAGGCGGCGAAGCUCAUGAAGCGUCUGAAGGAAUACAAGACCAAAGCGACCACUGUGGCGGCGCCAUCCGUCUCGGUGGACAACGACCUGGACUCGGCCAUCAUAGAUGAGCUGAAGAAUCAACUGCAGCUCCAGGAGUCCCGGCAGGCCAAGGCCGAGGAGCAGCUGCAGCAGCAUCUCCUCGAAAAGGAGAAGCUGACGAAGAGGAUCGAUGUCCUGACUGCCGGCAACGAGCGCAUGGCGGAGCUGAAGGAGCGCCAGGACAUGGACGUGCAGAUGUACCAGGCACGCAUCCGGGAGCUCCAGGAGAAGCUCAAUCAAUUGGACCAGUGGGAUGUGCCAGCAAGUGCUCCGCCCGCCGUGGCCGUGGCGGCUGCUGUGUCGCCUCUCAGCGAGAAUGCGGCCGCGAGACUGGAGAGCCUCCAGACGGAGAACCAGGACCUCAACACCGAGUGCCAGGAACUGCAGGAGAAGCUCAAGGAGGAGCGUCGUCUGGUCCAAAUGGCGGAGGAUACCGCUGCCCGGGCUCAGUCCGAGAAGGAGCAGCUGCAGGAGGAGCUGCGGGUGAGGCUGCAGGAGGUAGAGGAGCUGCGGCAAGUCCAGGCCAGUCCCCAGGACUCGGAGCUCCUGCAAAAGCUGCAAGUCGAGAAGGAGCAGCUGCUGACGGAGGUCACCCAACUGAGGAGCCUCCAGGCAGAGGUGGAUCAGCUCAGAUCCCUGAAGGCACAACAGGAUCAGGCCCUGGAGGGCCACAGGAUUCAAGACGCCCAACGGGAGGAGUACUUCAAGGGUCUGCAGGCGGAAGUGGAGCACCUCAGGUCCGCCAAGCUGGAACAGGAGCAGCUCCAGGGGCAACAGCAGCAGCAGGAGCUGCGGAUCGAACAGGAGCAGUUAAGUCACCUUCAGCGAGAGGUGGAGCAGCUGAGGGAACUCCAAACGGAAGUCAUUGCCCUGCGGGGGCUUCAACCCGAACUGGAAGACCUGAGAUCCCUGAAACUGCAACAGGAACAUGCCCUCUUCGAACUGAAUUCCGAGCUGGAUGCACUGCGUCAGCGUGCCAGUAUUGGGGAGAGCUUCGCCAGGGAUCCCAGCGAAGAUCAGUCUGUCGUGCUGCAGGAGAAGGAGUCGGAGAUCCUGCACUUGAAGCAGCGCAUCGAGGAGCUCAUGCGGGAGGACCAAACGGAGAAGCUGGUCUUCGAGAUCCUGACCAAGAACCAGGAGCUGCAGCUCCUCCGCCUGCAAGUCAAGCAGCUGGAAGAGGAGCGAGAAGAUCUUGCCUCGGCGGCGGUGGUUCCUGAGCCUGCUGCUCCUGCUCCUGUGCCUUCCGAAGCUCUGGCCGAGCUGGAGCAACUGCUUCGCGAGAAGGCCGACAUGGAGGAGGAGUUGCGCGUUCUCAACAAUCAUGUUCUGGGCAGCCUGGAACUGGAGGACAAGAUGAAGCAGACCCUCCUCCAGCUGGACACCAAGGACAUUGAGAUCACCGAGCUGAGGCGCUCCCUGGAGGUGCUCCAGUCCCAGCAAUCCCAGCCAUCUCAGCCAGCGCCCGCGGAUCUGGCCGCCAUCAAUCAGCAGUGGGAGCAGGUGGUGGAGCAAAAGUGCAGCGAGGUGGCCAGUAUCUGGCAGGAGCAUCUGAACCAGCGGGAGGCCGCCUUCCAGGCCCAGCUGGCGGAGAUUAGCCAGCAGCACGAGAAGGAGAUCCUCUCCAGCGCAGUUCCAGCUGCAGCAGCCACGGAACCUUCCAGUGAACUGAUGGCCAAAAUGCAGAAGGCUCUGGAGACGCAGGAAAUGGAAAUAGUUACCCUGAAGGAGCAGCUGGCCAUCCGGUCAGCGGAGUACGCUCGUCUGGCCGCCCAAUACGAUCCCUUCCGGCUGCAGAAUCGGGGAGGAGCGAGUGGCGGACCUGCCACUGCCGGAGGACCGCCAUCCCUCGCCGGCAACGAAGCUCUGCCGGAGUACGUGCUCAAGGCGGACCUGGACUACGCUCUGAUGAUGCUCCAUCAGCGGGACAUGCGCGUGGAGGAGAUGAUCCUGGAGCUGGUGCAGUUGCUGGAGGAGCGGGAUCACCUGCAGCUGAAGCUAUCGGACACGCUGAGGCAACUGGAAACGGAAAGGAGUCGCACCAGCGAUGAACCGGCCAGUGCCACCACAUCCUCAUCCGCCGCCUCGGGGAGUAGUCCCAGCAAGACCAGCAGUGCCGGAAGCAGCAGCGAGAUCCUCGGCGGAGUCACCCCGAACUCCACGGGCAGUGACCUGAAGCAGAAGCUAGCGGAGCUGCAGACGGUGAAGCAUUCCAAGGACAAGGCCAUUGUGGAUGAGCGAGAACAGCGCCUCCAGCAGAUGCUUCAGCUGCAAAGGGACAUGGCAAAGGGAGCCGCCUCCUCCAGCAGUGGAGCUGCUCCAGCUCCGGCUUCCUCUUCCGCUCCGGCUCUGGAUCUUUCUCAGCCCGCGCUGCGUUCUCCCUCGAUGAUGCUCAUGGACUGGAUUCUGGGCAACAAUAAGAGCGAAGAGGAACCAACGGCUCCUGGUGAUGGUCAUGGCUUGGGACCUGCUCCUACUACUGCUCCUGCUCCUGGACCUGCCCCUGCUCCUGCUCCUGCCUCUGCAUCCUUCUCCUCCAGCGGCUAG